GAUGUCAAUGCAUGAUGUAUUUAAAUAGGACAGUGGGUCAGUUACUCCAAAAGGCGCAACUUGCAUUGUUUCUGCUGUACAAGGCACAGGCAUGCAUUCUCUAAAGAUUAUUGGGGCAGUUCUCACUGUCUUGUUCCUGGCUCUGAUGGCUGAAGCCACCUAUAGGAACAACAACUGCUAUCAUGAAAACUGCCACAGUGGAGCUAAGUUCAACUGGCAAACAUGUUCUUGUGAGGGUGCAGCUAAACCAGUCAAACCAAAGCAAGCUUCCAGCUUCAAAUUCUCCAUGCAGCCGAUCAGCCAUAACUAUAAUAGCGCAACAUACAACGGACCCAAUUUGAAACUGCUCCAACCAGUCAAGCCAUUCCAACCAAUCAAGCCAUUCCAAUUACCAGCAAAACCGUCCUGUACUCGGCAAGCGUGUGCCCCCGGGCAAUAUUUUGACUACUCCAUAUGUCAGUGCAGGUGUCUACAGAACACAGCCUGCCCUGGAGCACUGCAGUUCAGCCAACAGAACUGCCGCUGCGAGUGUCCCUUCAGUGACUUCAUCAACGACCUGAGCUGUGGUCCUGGCCAGUUUUUCAACACCUUUCGUUGCAGAUGUGAGUUCCUUCCUACUCCCCCACCACCACCCCCGACACCCGAAACACCUAACUGUCCAAGAAUCAUCGCUUGCUCCUUCCCCCAAUCCUUCGAUACCAACACAUGUCGUUGUGUAUGCCCAAGAGGCGCUGCCGAGAGUUGUACCAGGGCACAAUUCUUCAAUCCAAAUACUUGUGAUUGUGAGUGUUCCUCAAGUGACCGUCAGUGCAACGAGCUGCAAGAACAAAACCCAUUGACAUGUGAGUGCGAAUGUGUAGCAGUUCUUCCUUUGCCAAUUGAGAUUGAAGACGACGAUGACUCCACCCCUGGUACAAGGUCAACUGGAACUGGAACGAGGUCAACUGGAACGAGGUCAAGUGGAACAAGGAGCACUGGUACACGUAGUACGAGACGUAGUACAAGGAGGAGCAGUUCCAGCCGAUCGAGGAGGGAGGUGGAGUUGGAGGUGAACGACCUCCUAGUGAGAGAGAAGAGACGUAAGAGCAAGAAGAGCAAGAGCAAGAGCGGCAGUCGCAGCGGUACAGGGACAGGGUCACGGAGCAGCGGAUCACGGAGCAGCGGAUCACGAUCCAGUGGAGGUACAGCCUCGCGUACCACGAUCCUUUUCAACCCAGGCCCAGCUGAAAGAUGUCCUGCCGGACAGACAUUGAACACACGCACAUGCAGAUGCUUUUAAGGGGAGAAGAUAAAAUGAGAGUGCAAGUAAUCAGAGGACAAUAUUAAUACUGUAAAACAAUUUAUAGAAGAACAGCUCGAAAAUUAUAUCAAGAUUGUUGUGUGUUGCUAUGGGAAACACAAUAUUACACUGAUAAUGAGAACUGUAUAUAUAGCUGACUUACGCUAUAGCAUCUGACCUUUAAAAGUUGAUUGUUACCACAAUAGCUCAGUUUUAAAAAAAUGCCAUGGAAAUGCUUGA